AUGGUGAGGAGAAGAGAAGGCCUUACCUUACCAAUCUCAACUUCAUCGCCAUCACUUCCUGAGCCAUUACCUCAUGUUAGAACAAUGGCGACACAGAAAACAAAACAACGGUUAUCGAAGCAAUUAUCAAUGCGUGAGACACCACGAGAUGUUGCUUGGGAGAAAAGGCGCCGUCAGAUGUUAAAGCUUCAAGAGAAGAAGCAGAGAGGUGCCUCUGACAGCGAUUGCGAUCCGACGGAUCUAACCGAUGAAGACUUAAGGGAGCUCAAAGGUUCAAUUGAAUUAGGAUUUGGUUUCAAGGAAGAAGCCGGACAGAAGCUUUGCAACACAUUACCAGCAUUAGAUCUUUACUUUGCUGUGAAUAGGCAGCUUUCGCCUCUCCCUUCACCUAGUAGCAGCCGUAGCAGCAGUGGAGGAGAUGGCUCCAUGUCUUCUACUUCUGCUUCUUCAAGCAGCAUACCUUGUAGCCCCAAAAACGACUCGGAUUCUUUAAAGAUCCUAUGCCCUGGGGAUAGUCCUCAACAGGUGAAACAAAGAUUAAGGCAUUGGGCACAAGCUGUUGCAUGUUCUGUGAUGCAAUCUCACUGA